AUGGCAGACCAAAAACUUGUGUCUGCUCAACAGAUCUCAGAGCAUAAAACGCCUGAAGACUGCUGGGUUGUGGUCGACAAGCAGGUGUGGGAUGUGACCGACUUUUUGGAGGGGCAUCCUGGAGGGUCUGCAAUUAUCCUGAAGCAUGCAGGCGGAGAUGCAACGAAAGCAUAUUCAGAAGUCCAUGCACCCGGUGUAAUGAAGGACAAUCUCCACCCAGAGAAGUUCAAGGGUGUCCUCGACGAGUCGACAAUUGACGCAGAGUGGGGCAAAACACCGGAGGAGAGUCCCAAGGUGAUACUGGAAAAUGGAAAAGACCCCUUGCACACCCUGAUCAACUCGCACGACUUCGAGGUUGUGGCUUCGAAAACUGCCAGCAAGAAGACUUGGGCCUUCUACUCCAGCGCAGCUACGGAUUUGAUCACGCGGGACGCGAAUAAGUCAUGCUUUGACCGCAUAUGGUUCCGCCCUCGAGUCUUAAGAAAUGUCCGCUCGGUAGAUACCCGGACAAAUAUCCUCGGCGGGAGCUACAAGCUCCCGCUGUUCGUGAGCCCGGCAGCAAUGGCAAAGCUCAUCCACCCGGAUGGAGAGCUUGCCAUUGCCAGAGCCUGCGCAAAUAAAGGCAUCAUGCAAGGAGUUUCAAACAACUCAUCCUACACGAUGGAGGAACUGCGCACGGCAGCGCCCGCAGCCGACUUCUUCUUCCAAUUAUAUGUCAACAGGGAUCGAGAAAAGUCUGCCGCUCUACUGCGCCAGUGUUCAGCGAAUCCAAACAUCAAAGCUAUUUUUGUCACUGUGGACGCUGCGUGGCCCGGUAAGCGCGAAGCCGACGAGCGCGUCAAGGCAGACGAGAGCUUAUCAGUUCCCAUGGCGCCGGCGAAGGCGCAGAACGACAAGAAAGGCGGUGGACUUGGCCGCGUCAUGGCUGGGUUCAUUGAUCCCGGGCUGACAUGGGAGGAUUUGAAAUGGGUGAAACAACACACGCACAAGCCGGUGUGUUUGAAAGGCGUGAUGUCAGCGGACGAUGCGCUGUUGGCCAUGAAAGCGGGUCUUGAUGGUAUCUUGCUCAGCAACCACGGCGGUCGCAACCUGGAUACCAGUCCGCCGUCGAUCAUCACGCUCCUAGAGCUCCACAGGCGCUGUCCGGAGGUCUUUGACCAUAUGGAGGUCUAUGUGGACAGCGGUAUUCGGCGUGGAACCGACAUCCUCAAGGCUGUUUGUCUGGGCGCGACGGCUGUGGGAAUGGGUCGCAGCAUGCUUUUCGCUACUAAUUAUGGCCAGGAGGGUGUAGAGCAUCUGAUUGACAUCAUGCAAGAUGAGUUGGAAACAUCCAUGCGGAACACUGGCAUCACAUCCCUGGCGGAGGCGUCCCCUGAUCUCGUGCACACUGGUGAUGUCGACCACCUGGUUCCAGUGUCCCGCUCACACCCGUACGCUCGGGCCAUAGCUAAAGGACGGCGUCUGGGGUCGAAACUUUGA